AUGGCUGGAGAUAUAGAAAAUACAGUGGAAAAGGACAGCUUAGAUACCUCGAGUCCCCUUUACAUGCAUCCACCGGAGAGUGCAGGUUCAGUAUUGGUACCUGUGGCUUUUGAUGGCACAAGAUACAGAUCUGGAGGAGAGGUUCUAGCUGAUAGUUUGCAAUAUGUAAAUAACGCAAAGGAGCUGUGGCAGGAGUUUGAAGAUAGGUGUGAUCAAACCAACGGAGUAAAACUCUAUCAGCUUCAGAAGGAAAUAAAUGAUUUGAGUCAGGGAACUCUUGAUGUAACGGGGUAUUAUACAAAGAUGAAGAAAUUAUGGGAGGAGUUGAACACACUAAAUGCACACGCACAGUAUAGCUGCCAGUGCACAUGUAGAGCUAAAACUAACAUGCACAAGGCUGAGUAA